GAAGAGAGCGCGUUGCAUUGUGGUCACCGGGGUGUGUGUGAUUUGUACAGAAACAGAAACUAACGUUACACGGCAGACAGACACAGACAGACCCAGACACAUUGGAAGCUCAGCAGUUGGUGAUCUGUGACCGUCUACAAAGCAGCCAUGUCGUCGACAUCCCAAAAACAUAAAGACUUUGUGGCCGAGCCCAUGGGCGAGAAGUCUGUGAUGGCUCUUGCAGGCAUCGGAGAGGUUCUUGGCAAAAGACUGGAGGAUAAAGGUUUUGAUAAGGCGUAUGUCGUCCUCGGGCAGUUUCUAGUGCUAAAGAAAGAGGAGGAGCUUUUCCGGGACUGGCUGAAGGACACUUGUGGGGCAAAUGCCAAACAACAAGGUGACUGCUAUGGCUGUCUUAAAGAAUGGUGUGACGCCUUCUUAUAAACCAUUCAUCCGCUGUUUUCUACUUUUGAAGUCCAAACUGUACAUUACCUCUUCAGUGAUCUUCAGCUACACCAUAUAUAUCAACUGACACUGUACAAAGUAAUGAGGUUUACUGAAGUCAACGUGUUUUUAAAUGAUGCGUAAAGCUGUUGGUGUGUUCAUGAAAUCCUUCAGCCUGAAAAUCCUUCUAAAAUAGAAGUCACACAUGCUCUUCUCAUGGUCUUUGACAAUUUAUAGUCGCUAACUCUCUUAAAAUUUUGACCACUUUGACAUUCAUGGUAGUAAAAGAACAGAUGUAACUAAAAACAUUAAAGGCAUACUAUGUAGGAUUUUCCUAAAAUCAUUGAAUACUAUACAAAAAUAUUACCUCUCAAUCAUCACUUAUGACCCACUAGAAGUGUGUGGUGGUGCAUUUAUCUGCAGAGACUCUGCCCUCUGUAUGU